CACGUUGCCAUGGCUACAUUGUUCCAAAAUGGCGUCCCUUAGUUUAGGGUUGUUCUGGAGUGCGUUCUAAAAUAACGUUUUUCUACAAUAAAAUGGAAAUGUUAGAAUACUGCAAGACUUAUAACAUAAUGAAAUCAAGCUUUCCUAACCCAGGGUCUUCUGAAUUGUCAUUACAGGACGCUGUUCUCUCCGAAAAUAAUGGUCAAGUUCAAGACCACGAGAGGAAUGUUGUUGUGGAAACAUUACAUCGAAUCCCGUCAAGACCUGGAGAUUUUUCACUUUAUCAUUCAAUAAAACACUCAAGCAACAAUUCCAGUGAAUCAGGAAAGCAGCUUAGUCCUUUAAGAGAAAUUUCCCGGAGUAAAACAAUGGCUUCGACUGUAAAAACACAGGCUCCACGGGAGGCACUCAGCUUCGAAUCCGAGUUGACAUUUGCACCAAAGUUGAACGCUUUGAGCAUAAAACUUGCAAAAAUACGAGGAGAAAAAAGAAGAAAUUCUGAAGUCAACCGUAAGUCUUCUAGCAUUACUACUACAGAUGAAGCUAUAUUUACAUUCAAGCCAAAAGUGAGCUCAAAUAGUGUAAAAAUUGUGCAGAAUUUGAAGACAACUUUUUUGGAUCGUCAGCUGAUUCACAUGAAGAAACAAAGACGUCAUAUUGACAGUUUUAUGCUCCCAAUCCAAGGCAAGGCAAGACUCAGUCCAGUACAAAUGAAUAGAUCAAGGACAAUAAAGACCCAGAGAUCAAAAGAAUUUAGUAGUUCUGUUGAAGAGGAGAAUGAAAAUCAUGAUGUUGAACAAGAUGAUACGAAUCAAAAUGGUGAAAUAAUAUCAACAACUAAUGGUAGUAAACGUAGUGAAAAUGCUGAUGAUGAAGAAGGAAGGAAGAAAGAGAAUGAAAACGAGGAGGAAUCCGAACACAAUGAAAAUGGAAGUGGAAACUUAAAUGAAUCAGAAAGAAAAGGAAAUACUAAUCGUACCAGUACAAAAACCACCAAAACAAAACAAGAAAGCUUAGAAAAAGUUAGUCGUUUUAAAGACGAAAGUCCUUAUAAUCAAUCAGUUGAAAAUUUGUCUUUAAAGAGACAAAAACGAGUUAUUCGCGCGCAUCAGCGCGGAGCUACUUAUCCAGCGGGUACCAACAAGACUAGAGCAGAAAGCGAGGGCUGGAACAACAGUACGAAGGUAGAAGAACCUAGAAAUCCAAGUACCAGUACUGCAAUAACCAAGAAGAGUAAUCAUUCUCGAACCGCUUCACAACCGCAGUUCACGGGAAAGAUGAAAUACGAUAACCCACUGUUUGAGAAAGUAAGACAUGCGAAGGAAGUAGCGGAAAGUGCUAUCAGGAACAAGCGAGUAUUUAUCUGUCAUGGUCCUUACCCAAUAGUACGCGCAGCCUUGAGACGCCGAGGCUACGUGGAGAAGCACUACAGCCCUUUAAUCAAAGCCAAGAAGGGGAAGAAUAAGAACAACGAAAGUGACGAUGAUGAUUCCUGUGAUAGUGGUGAUGAUAGUGAUGAAAACCCGUCACCUAAUGGCUCUCCGCGAGGGAAAGAAAAUAACUCUAAACCACUGGCUAGGACUAAAGCAAACGGGAACAAGAGGAAUAGCAAGUCAAAUGGAGGGAAGAAGGACGACGAUGGAAGCAGUAGUGAUGAUAGUAGCUGUAGUGAAGAUGAUGAUGACGAUGAUGAUGAUUCGGAGGAUGAGGAUUGGAAGGCUGGGUACGAGGGAGGUGGACCUAACAGUGAGUUUAAUCUAAUGUCAAGAAUGGUUCGAAAUGCUAAUGCAUCAUUCAUAUGGACCAUCAGACGAGACGAUGUGGACUUCAAAUUCUUAAGAAAGGAUCAAACUGUCAACCAUUUUUCAAGAGCAUAUUCCUUUACCACCAAAGUUGGGAUAUGCAUAAACCUCCGUAAUCUGGCCUUCUACGAAGAAGACGAUCAACUUUCGUUCUUUCCGAGGUGUCAUCGAUUAGGUGUUGAGGAGGAUAAGUUAGAUUUUAUAGAUGAUUUUCGACUGUGCUCUGCUAUAUCUAUCAUAAAAUGGGUCCUGUCACGAUACCACGAUGGUCCAGAUAUCCAAACCAAYCUACCUAGUAUAAAGACCACUGAAAACGAAAACACAACAUCCCAGCGCGGUACUCCUGUGGACGCAGAGAGACGCCUUGUUGAACUCGCUAAAGGAAAUGUACUACCUGUCAAGGCCCUAACCUUGAGCCUUGAGGCAUGCCGGGAAUUCCUUAGAUGCCGAGAACACUUUGACAUUGAUGACUCCUUGGACAAAAAGCCAGUAAUCUCAGAUAAUGAAUGGGAUCAGAUUAUUGAGUUUUCGUAUCAAUUACGGCAACAAGGGUCGCUUGUGGCCAACGCCUUUCCCUUUUAUCAAGAAUGUCAGAGCAUCUUCAAUAAGUUGAGAGAACACUUACCUCAGUGUGAUAUCGAUGGUCAGCGGAAUAUAUGGAUAGUGAAGCCUGGGGCUAAAUCACGUGGUCGAGGUAUUACAUGUAUGGAUCGCCUUGAAGAUAUCCUCAAAUUAACGGGCAAUAUCGUUGGGCAGAAAGAAGGUCGAUGGGUCGUACAGAAAUACAUAGAGCGACCAUUACUGAUAUACAAGGUCAAGUUCGACAUUCGUCAGUGGUUCUUGGUUACAGACUGGAACCCUUUGACCAUCUGGUUUUACCAGGAUUGCUAUCUUCGAUUCUGUUCUCAAAACUUUUCACUUGAGGAUUUCCAUGUGAGUAUCCAUCUGGCUAACAACUCGGUUCAAAAGAAUUAUGAGAACGAUAAAGUGAGAGACAAACGUCUGCCAGACGAAAACAUGUGGUCGAGUGACGAUUUCAAAGCAUAUCUAAAUAAGAAAGACUUGGGAGAUAUAUGGGACAAUGUCAUCUAUCCAGGAAUGAAAAAAGCCGUCAUCUAUGCUGUAAAAUCUUGUCAAGAGAUAGUGGAGUACAGAAAGAACUCGUUCGAGCUGUAUGGAGCUGACUUCAUCAUUACAGAUGAUUACAAACCAUGGCUGAUUGAAAUUAACUGUAGUCCAACAAUGGGGGCGAGUACAGGUGUGACUAGGAAACUGUGCGCUCAAGUCGUAGAAGACACCAUGAGAGUUGUACUGGACAGACGAGAAGACAAGAACUGCGACACUGGCCGAUUUGAACUCGCGUACAAGCAACCCCUUAUAAGUGCUCCUCCCUAUAUUGGAGUCAACCUGGCUGUCGAAGGACAAGGAAUUCGCAAGCACGGUGGACAAGUACGGCGGGCCUCCUCGUCUGCUAAAUCAACUACCUUAUCUCGACCUCGGGACAUGAAAAACGUCCUGAAUGAUUCAACAGAAGAAAAUCAGCGCCAAAAGCGAGAAUACUCAAAACUACAAAGUAGUUCUACACGAAGUUUGGAAAAGAAAAGCGAAGGCACUUGGGCAACUGGAAGCUCAGGGCAACUGCAGGCGCCUACAGUAGAAGAGAAAAUCUCCAAACUAAUGCCAGCUAGAAAUAGAAAUGGUAACCAUGGAGAUGUUAAAGGGAACUCUCAGACGCGUGUGUCACGCCCUAUGACCAUCCCCAAAGCAGUGUUGCGCUACUCCACUGAUUCCAAUAAUAAUAUGCAACGAAAUUCACAGUUGCCUAUAUCAAUAGGCCCUGAUCAUUGAACAUAGGAUGAUAUCAAAGGAUUGCUAUGGUUACGUUAUGAGUCUUUCAGUGGGACCAACUCAGAUGACGUCGACUGAGCUUAGUAGCGUAGAUGGCACGUCUGAAAUCUUAAGACAUAAUUUCCCGCAAAAUUUUACGCGCGCGUGCGGCAACAAGGCUCUUACUCUACCACCAAAACCGGCACAAAAUAUCAAUACAUCUCUAAAUCUCUCAAAAAUCAAAUCAAAUUAAAUUAAAUAACUAUAUUAGCAAAAAGGAUAAAAGUAACAUGUUCCUUUUUAUUUUUUUCAAAAGAAUUUGAAAGUAAAAUAUAUUUGACGGGUCCGAGUGAAUAGCACAAAUAUUU